UAUGUCCAAUCAAUAAAAGUGUAAUAAUUGUGGAGCAAAAGAUCAUUUAGCAAAAUUUUGUUAUGAAAGAACUAAAAAAGUUCCAUCAACUAUUAAAUUAUCUAUUUAAUCUGAUAAAUUGAAUUUGAAAGAUAAAAAAGAAUAGAAAUUGUAAAAAAAAGAAGAACAAAUAGUUGUUUAAAUAUCAAAAUAAAUACCUAGAUCAAAAUACGAAGAGGAUAAAUAUAUUGGUUAACAUACUUAAAUUUGGGGUAGUUAUUGGAAUGAAGUUUUGGGAUGGGGAUUUGCAUGUUGUUAUUCAAAUUAAAAAACUUAAGAAUGUUUAGGAGAAAAAGGUAAAAGACAAUCACUCACCAAAGAAUAUUCUAUUAAAAGAUAAAUUGAAGAAACACCUAUUGCAUAAUAAGAGUUAAAAUCAGGACCAUUAAAUCUUAAUGAAUUAUAUCGAAAAUCAAAUCUAAGAGAAGGGGCUCCUGUUGAUGUUAUUUAUAAUUAAAAUAACGCUACAAGUUGA